ACUGUGUACAAAACAGACAGAACAGCGUGGUAAACAAGCAGUCGGGUUCGACAACCUCCAGCGCUGUUACAGACAUGUCGCGAAGGAGACUCUUAAAUGUAGGUUCUGCUCUGUGGCAGAAAAGCAGCAGUGUCGGGUUUAAAUCACACAUAACUUUUUGUGCUAGCUUUGCAACCAGUUCGACACCAAACGACCAGAAAUGCUGCAAAGAAGGACAAAAGUGUGCAACAGCCUCAGUGGCAGCGCCGCACAGACACCACCAUGUCAGUGGGAAAUCAAAAGCAGAGGAAUCUUUUAACAAAUCCGGGAGAUCUUUUUCCUCUACCGCUCCACAAAUCGACCACAAAACUUACUUAUGGGCAAGAUACAACGAAAUGAAACGCCUGGUACACGAUUUGAUUCCUCCUGGAGUUUGCAACCUUCUUAAUCCCUCCACCAUCUAUGCCAACAACGAGGUGAACUUGGAUGAGGUGGAUAUCUAUGGUUUUGAUUAUGAUUACACACUGGCACUCUACUCAAACGCUCUCGAUGAGAUGAUCUACAACAAAGCCAGAGAGUUCCUCAUAGAGCACUACAAGUAUCCACAAGAUAUCAGCAAGUACAGAUACAUUCCAAAUUUUGCAGCUCGAGGCCUUCAUUACGAUAUCCAGAAGGGACUGCUGAUGAAAAUAGAUGCUUUCCAUUAUAUUCAGCUAGGCACUGUGUAUAGGGGUCUGAAGCCGGUUCCAGAUGAUGAGGUCAUGCAUUUGUAUGGAGGCUCUAAUCACAUCCCUCUCCACCAAGUCAGCGGCUUCUAUGGAAAGGGGCCUAAGAUGAAGCAGUUCAUGGACGUGUUUUCCAUCCCAGAGAUGACACUUUUGGCUUCUGUUAACGACUAUUUUAUCUCCAAUGACAUAGAAUAUGACCCUGAGCACCUCUACAAAGAUGUGUCUGACGCUGUUGGUAUGGUGCAUAUUAAGGGGUACAUGUAUAAGUGGAUAAUGCAAGACUUGGAGAAAUAUAUUCUCAGAGGUGAUGAGACUUAUGCAGUACUGCAUCGACUAGCCAGCCAUGGGAAGAAACUUUUCCUAAUUACGAACAGCCCCUUCAGCUUUGUAGACAAAGGCAUGAAGUACAUGGUGGGAAAAGACUGGAGGGACUUCUUCGAUGUUGUGAUCGUUCAAGCUGACAAGCCACACUUUUUUAAUGACUGUGUGAAACCUUUCAGGCGUUUGGACAGUAAUGGAGUCCUCCAGUGGGACAAAAUCAAGAGUUUGGAUAAAGGGAGGAUUUACAAACAGGGAAACCUUGUUGACUUUUUGAGGCUAACAGGCUGGCGUGGCUCCAGAGUCCUCUAUUUUGGGGACCAUCUGUACAGCGACUUGGCAGACCUGAUGCUGCGCCAUGGGUGGAGGACCGGUGCAAUUGUUCCUGAGCUGGAGGUAGAGACAAAGGUGGUGAACACUGAGCAGUAUGCACAGAGUCUUACCUGGCUUCAAGCUCUCACUGGCCUUCUGGAGCGCAUGCAGAUGUAUCGGGAUCCAGAAUCCAAAAAAGUAAUUCAGGAAUGGCAGAGAGAGAGGGAAGAAUUCCGGGCUGUCACCAAAAACUUGUUCAACCCCCAGUUUGGCAGCAUCUUUCGUACGUGCCACAAUCCUACUUACUUUUCACGGCGACUAUGCCGUUUUUCUGACCUGUACAUGGCGUCCAUCAGCUGCCUUCUGAACUACGACCUCUCGUACACAUUUUACCCGCGGCGUACUCCUCUGCAACACGAGGCACCCCUCUGGAUGGAUCAACUCUGUACUGGGUGCAUGAAGACCCCUUUUUUGGAGGAGAUGGCCCACAUACGCUAAACUCUUUGCUGUACACGCUGUCGUGACGCACAACUUUUAAACCAACUUACAAACAUGCCACAUGUUACAAACUGUUGUUUUAAUCAGGGUCAAAUUAUAGACAUGUGCAUAGCAAAAACAUCUUAUUGAAAUGUUCACUUUCCCUGAAUUCAGGACUCCAUCCCCAGUUCAAAGGCAAACCAACCUCUGCUGUGGUUUGCCUUGUAGUGCUGAUUAUUGGGGACUUCUUCUAUUUGAGGCAAUGUGUUCAUCAUAACUGCACCAUCUGCUGGGGCAUCUGUUACACUGCAUUUUUAGCGUUUACAAGGAGGGUAAAAUGGAAACCCCUUGUUUGGCUUGUGACGCACAAUUACAUUCAUUUUUUUAUAUAAUUAUUUACAAUGGCAUUGACUGUCCUUUUUUUUAUCAGUUCUACAAGGUACAAUGUUACAAUAUUGCAUGCUUUUGGCUUGCUUUUUUUGUUUGUCAGGUGAAAGAGAAGCGCACAGAGGUGGUGUAUAAAGAGUGUAAUUCCAUACACUAUUUUUUCUCUUUACCCUCAAACCAUGAUGUAAUUAUUUUCAGGGGUGCUGCGAAUAUUAUGCAUUCUGGACAAUUUUUUUUCACCCUUUUUCUCCUUGGGCCCCAUGUCCUCUAAAACCCUCUUGGCUCUUUCCCCACUCUCUCCUCUACUGUUAUUUGUUUAUGUUUUGAUAAUCCUUACAAAGUAGCAUUAUUUUGACAAACUAAUACCUCAGAUAGCACACCCCAUAUAUUAGCUUUUCUCUACUUUGAAUAAAAAUGAGAAUUUGCUA